AUGGAAUUUAAAAAUUAUAAUCAUGCUUUAAUUGAUACAGUUCGGAAUUCCCCAUAUCUUUAUGAUCCAUCCGAUAAACAUUAUAAAAAAGGUCGAUCAAGAGUGGAAUUGUGGGAAGAAGUAUCAAAGAAACUUCAGGGUAUGGGCUAUAGAACUACCGGUGAGAAAUGCCGUGAACGUUGGAACUGUUUAAAAGGUCGAUUUGUGAGGGAGAGAAAUACCAUGAAAAAAUUAAAGUCUAACUAUAUUCCAAGAUUUUCAUUUUACUCUGCUAUGAAAUUCGUGGAACCAUUUUUAACUGAUACAUUACAAAGACAGUCAUAUGAUUAUAAUUCUAUGGAUUUCCAGCCAGCUCUCAAAUAUGAAGCAGGUACUAACAGUAGUGUAGAAGAAAGUUUUGAUAAGCAAAUUCAUCGAUUGCUCGUGCAGAAUAAUGUAACAACGAAUGAUGGAAUUGUGGAUAUGAAUGAAUUCACAGAUAGUGCGAAGGACAGUUUAAAUGAAAUCGCGAUGAAUAGUGUAACAGUGCAUGCUUUACGAAAAAUGCCCUUGGUCGGUACAGACUGUGCUCAAAUUUAUCCCUUGACUGAUUCAUCUUUCAGCUGUGAUCCGUUCGUAGUUGAUUUAGUUAAAACGAAAUCAUGGAUAGAUAAAGACCAAAUUUCAUCAAUUAAAGUGAUGUCUUGGCAAUGGUAUCAUGAUGAACUGCUAAAGAUUGUGAACUUUUUUGAAGUGCCUUUUUACAUGUUAGGCUCAACCUAUGAUAAGAAUGCAAAAAUUAUUCCCAGCUGCUGUUUUUUAACUAUGCUGAUCGAAACAAAUUUAUAUCUGUAUACUAAUUUGCCUAUCGUACUAGAUGAUAUUGUACACCGGAUGCUCAUAGCUUUGUAUUCCGGUUUAUUUGAUGAAGAAAAUGGCGAACCAUAUUUUCUGAAUUUUACGUGGCCUCUGGAACUGGAACGAAAGACUUACAAUUGGGAUGAGGCGGUAGAAAUAAUCGUUUCGCGUUAUUCAAGUUCUGUGCCUCAGUCUAUUAGUGGUAUUAUUAACACUGUUAUGAUUUCAUUGAAACUUGACAGUAAUCAGGAGGAAGUCCGAAAUUUAAUUGAACAACUCAUCAUGGAUGAUUUGAAAGAAUCAUUGGUGUUUAAUUUGCGAUUGCUUUUGUGUGGCUUCCAGUUAUUGACUUUUAAAGCAUCUACUUUUUGUAAUAGAAUACACGAAAUUUUGAAUGAAGCAUUAGAUGGAGCAAUAAGUCCCUUUAUAAAGUGGCAACAAGAUCAAUUCAGAUUAAGCUGCGUACAGCUAAACCUCGAGCUGUUCAAAGCGACUGUCGCUUUCACAACUUAUCAUUUUGCUCACAUACAAGGACGAUGCAAUACUGUUAUUCAAAAAACAUUUCUUCGUAGUUUUUUAUUUCAUAAUAUUCCCUGCUACCACUUAAUAUAUGAAGCACAAGAGGUCAGUUCUACGCCAAUCUAUGAGUUUUCGCGAUACUUCUUCGUUGGAAUUUUGAAGAGACAAUUGGAGAUUUUAUGCACGGCUUUGAAUCUUUAUCAGGAUAAUGGGUUUCGUAUCGCAGAUAGUCGCUUUCAUGGAUUUAAUUUUCCAGAACACGCUACCGCAUUAUAUUUCCCUAUUUGUCAGCUACUGUCACCUCAAUUUUGUUUUUGUUUGACUCAGAAAAUGAUGCCAGAACUUUAUGCUGUUUUGUAUGGUUUCAUCAAUAGGACAGCACUGAAUGAUUCUACAGUUGAUGGAAUGACUGAUUUGGAGCAGCAAAGAUGGAUGGGAGAAGGGUACGAGGUUCGAAAGCUAAUUGAGCGCCAAAAAACAGACUCCGUCAAAAAUUAA